AAUCGCGUGUACUGAAAUUAAAUAUUUUUGAUAGCAAAGCAUUAGAAUGGGUUACUGAGCUGAAUGAAAAAGGUGAAAUGAUACCAGUUGGGCCUCUUAGUACCCUGAUACCGGAGAUGUUCCACCAGCACCUUACCAGAAUCACCCUUAAAUCUUACUUGGCUGCAACCCAUGAUGUAGCUCAGGAAUUGGAACGAAAAAUUUCACCAGCAGACAUUCCUGUCAUUGUGAAGGAAUAUACAGAAACAGUCUAUGGAAAGGUGUUGGAGCAUGUGAAUGAUCUCGGGAGGGUUGCUGUGGAGAGAAUACAUCCAUGGGUGUUAAAUGUAUUGAUAGACUUAGAUGGAUUUGAUCAUAUUAUAUGCAGUGAGAUUGUUGAAGAUGAUCAAAUACAGGAAGAACCAAGUAACGAACACCAUCCUCAGACUAGUAGGUUCAUUUGGAGUACAGAAAUUGUGAAAGUUUUAAUUGAUUUGCAUACAGAAAAGGAGGAACUAUUCAAAAAGCCAAGCGUGAAAAAAAUAAGUGUGUGGAAAGCGAUCGCACAAGAAAUAAACAAAAUCAGCAGCACUGGUGUUUCACCAGCACAGUGUGAGCAAAAGUGGAAAAACAUUACUAAGAAAUUUAGAGAUACUAUCGACCACAACAAGAAAUCUGGGUCUGAUAGAAAAGAGUGCCCUUUUUACAACGAACUGCAACACUGCUAUGGCUAUAAGCCUAAUGUACUCCCACAGUUUACAGCUGGCUCAAGUCAUUCUGAUGCAGCUGCUUCAAUACAACACAGUGAGAGUGUGGACUUAAGCCAGCAAAGUGAGGGGGUAACAGAGGAUGCCAGCAUAGAGAAUACCGUGAACAAUGGUUGUAUUGAUGUGAACAACAAUGAACGCAGAAAACCGAAAAGAAUGAAAAAGAAUGAUGAAAUUGUGAAUGUUUUAAAGAAUAUUCAAACAGAAAUGAAAAAUGAACAACAUGAAUUAAUCAAAACUUUACAGAAACAUCAUGAAGAGAGAAUGAAAGUGGAAGAGAAAAGAUUAGAUCUGUUAGCAUCUUUGGUUUCAUCCAUAAAAAAAUGAGAA